AUGGUGAAUGUUGAACGUGUUCCUUCUCUAAAUCUUUCUCAGGGCUCGUUGGCGUUGGUCCCUCAGCAGGCCUGGACCCUAAACGCCUCGGUGAAAGAGAACAUCCUGUUUGGAGCCCCACGGUCAGAGAGCUGGUACCACCGUGUCCUGGAGGCCUGUGCCCUUCUGCCCGACCUGGAGCUGCUCCCCGCGGGCGACAGCUCAGAGAUUGGAGAAAAGGGAGUGAACCUGUCAGGGGGGCAGAGGCAGAGGGUCAGCCUGGCCCGGGCCGUCUACAGGAAGUUGGAUAUCUACCUGCUGGAUGACCCCCUGUCUGCGGUGGACGCUCAUGUGGGCCAGCACAUCUUCGACCGCGUCAUCGGCCCCAAUGGGCUUCUCCGGGGACAGACCCGGAUUCUAGUAACCCACGGGGCGAGCCUGCUGCCCCAGUGUGACGUGGUCCUGGUGUUGGAAGAGGGCCGCAUCUCGGAAAGCGGCUCAUUCUCACAGCUCAUGGACAGACAAGGCUCCUUCGCCAAGUUCAUCAAGACGUUUGGAGUCAGCCCGCACAGAAGCGACAGCUGCCCCGGCGAACGAGGCAGCAGAAGGUCUAGGUCCCUGUCUCGUCUCAGUAUGACAGAAUUCUCCACUGAUCUGUCCCAGGAACAGCAGCUGCUCAGCUGUGACCUGAGCAGCACCAGCACACAGCCUCUCCUGGACUUUGGCCCAGAGGAUCCUGGGAAACUCACAGAGAUGGACCGAGCUCACACUGGACGGAUCCGCUUGCAGACGUAUAAGGAGUACUUUGAGACCAUCGGCCUGGCCUUCCUCCUGCUCAUCGUGGCACUGUAUGCCUUCCAGCAGGGGGCGUCCCUCAGCUAUAACUACUGGCUGAGCGUGUGGGCCGACGACGCUCCGGUGAACGGCACGCAGAGCGACCAUGACCUGCGGCUGGGCGUGUUCGCAGCACUGGGGCUGACGCAGGGUCUAGCCAUGUUCGCCACCACCCUGGCCAUCUCUCUGGGUGGCAUCAGUGCGUCCAGACACCUCCACUCUGACCUCCUGCAGAACGUCCUCCGCUCCCCCAUGGCCUUCUUCGAGAGCACUCAGAGCGGCAGCCUGCUGAACCGCUUCUCCAAGGAAAUAGACGCCAUUGACUGCAUGAUCCCGGACGGGCUGAAGAUGAUGCUGGGGUACCUCUUCAAGCUGCUGGAGGUGUGCAUCAUCGUGCUGCUGGCCACGCCCCUCAUUGGGGUGGUGCUGCUGCCACUGGCCGUGCUCUAUGCCAUCUUCCAGAGGUUCUACGUGGUGUGCUCCUGUCAGCUGAGGCGUCUGGAGGCGAUCAGUCGCUCGCCCCUCUACACUCACUUUAACCAGAGCUUCCAUGGCGCUGCGGUGGUGCGUGCGUUCAGAGAGCAGAGCCGCUUUGUCCAGUCGGCCAACAGGCUUGUGGACACCAACCAGGAGGCCUACUUCCCACGCUUUGUGGCCACCAGGUGGCUGGCAGUGAACCUGGAGUUUCUGGGGAGCCUCUUGGUGUUGGCGUCUGCUCUCUUCUCAGUGUUUGGAAGGAAAGAGCUGAGUUCUGGUAUAGUGGGACUGGCCAUUUCUCAUUCACUACAGGUCACGGGCGUGCUGAGCUGGAUCGUUCGCUCCUGGACAGAUGUGGAGAAUAACAUUGUGUCAGUGGAGAGAGUGAAGGAGUACGCCCACACCCCCAAAGAGGCCCCCUGGAGGUCAGACCCUGGGACCCUUUCUCCGCUCUGGCCCUGCACCGGCGUCAUCAGCUUUGAGGACUUCGGACUGCAGUAUCGUAAAGGUUUAGACUGGGCUCUCAAAGACAUCAGUUUCACCAUCCAGGACGGAGAGAAGAUUGGAAUUGUGGGGCGCACUGGAGCGGGGAAGUCCUCUCUGGCCUUGGGACUUUUCCGGAUUCUGGAGGCAGCCAGCGGGAAGAUCUGCAUCGACGGGGCGGACAUCUCCCUUGUCGGCCUCCAUGAUCUGAGAUCCAGACUAACCAUCAUCCCCCAGGAUCCUGUGCUGUUCUCUGGGACCCUCCGUAUGAACCUGGACCCGUACGAGAGCUGCUCCGACUCUGCUCUGUGGUACGUCCUAGAGCUGUCCCACCUCAGCGCCUUUGUGUCCGCCCUGCCCCACCAGCUGGACCACAUGUGCAGCGAGGGAGGGGAGAAUCUCAGCGUGGGUCAGCGACAGCUCCUGUGCCUGGCCCGGGCCCUGCUGAGGAAGAGCCGUAUCCUGGUGUUGGACGAGGCCACGGCGGCGGUGGAUCUGGAGACGGAUCGGCUCAUCCAGGUGGUGGUGAUGGUCCAGGGCUCAGUGGUGGAAAUGGCGCCCCCUGCAGUCCUCCUUCAGCAGCGUGGACACUUCUACAGGAUGUGUGUGGAGGCAGGACUCGUUUAA